AUGGCGGACAACCCAAGAAUACACCCCGCCGAAGCUCCAACCACAUGGCCACCCGCCAUCCCGCCAGCCAACUCUAUCACUAAGAAAGGCGCACCACCUCAUCCCCACCAGCACCCUUCCGUCAGAGGAGGAGGAGGCCGCGCAGCCGCUCCUCCUCCUCUGACUCCACCAAAGAGGCGGAGAAACUGUUGGUGCAGAUGCCUCUGCUGGACACUCGCCCUCCUCAUCCUCCUCCUCAUCAUUGUUGCUGCCACCGCAGGCAUUCUCUACCUCGUGUUUCGUCCCAAGAUUCCCAGCUACUCCGUCGACAAUCUCAGGAUAUCCGAUCUGACGCUCAAUUUCGACCUCAGCCUCUCCGUCACCUUCAAUAUCAGGAUCACAGCAUACAACCCCAACAAAAAGAUCGGAAUCUAUUACCAGAAGGGGAGCCACUUGAGUGCAUGGUACAAGAACACAAAUCUCUGCCAGGGAUCGCUCCCCAGGUUCUACCAGGGCCACCAGAACAGGACCGUGCUGCACGUUGACCUCACUGGCCAAAAUCAAUAUGGGAGGACCGUGCUCCAAGCCCUGCAGGAGCAGCAGCAGACCGGAAGGAUCCCCUUGGAUCUUAGGAUAGAUGUCCCCGUCAGUGUUAAGCUAGGGAUGCUGAAGCUCAAGAAGGUCAGGAUAUUAGGCACCUGCAAGUUGAUCGUUGACAGCCUCUCCACUAAUAGCUUGAUCAACAUCAAAGCCAAUAACUGUAAAUUUAGAUUGAAGCUUUGAGGGAUAUUUUGCAGUCUCGGUUUAUAGUUGAGAAACUAUUGCAUCCUUCUUCCUGAAUUCCACGUACACAUACAUACAUGCAUACAUAAAAAGGAUAUUUUAUUUCUUCAAAUCUCCUUACCAAACUUUCA